AGUAUGUGUGUUUAAGUAGUUAUUAUUUGAUGUAACAAGAAACCUAUCAAUGUAUAUAAUAUACAUAGAUGUUAAUGUUUUUGUUGUUUAUAUAUGAAAAACAAAUUGUAUAGGUAGGUACGCAAAUCCAUAAUAUCAUACGAAUAAUAGUCAUUUUGUGAAUAUUUUGUCAUAAUUAUUUAUCUUAAUAUUAAAUAAUAUUACUAAAAAUUUUGAAGAGGCAUUGUGACAAUAUAAUAUAGUUACCUACUGCAUAAUUUUUAAAUUUUAAGGAUCAGAGUGAUCAGACAUUCGGUAGUUCGGUUUCGAUCACGACGUCACGGUCAAGGCUGCACUGUCUAACACUGUAGGGUCUAGUGUCUACACUGUUAGUUGUUAUUCCUAAUCAUUGUUUGUGGUGUUCGCCUCCGUCCAAUCAAUAGCGUCCAAUGUCCAUGCCUCCAUGGUUUUCAAACAUACAAGCUCGACUGCGUCGUUGAAGUGACUACUGACUUGUACUCUUAGCCUCUUGUCUCUUAGUCGCGAUUGUCGCUGUUUGGUGUUUUCUCGUUUGUAUUUUGUAUUAGUAUUACCAUUAAUGCAUUGUCAGUCUGAAGUCUCAUACUCGCAUAGAAAAGAUUAAUCACUAUUGCAUGUACGAUAUUAUACAUUGUGAAUUGCGUUUGUCGUUCUUGUACGAAGAAUUGAGCAUUUUAAUUUUCCGUAUUUCGAACUCUACUCAGUGGAUCGCGAUUUUCUAUAACUUAUACGACAACCAGAAAAUAGAUAUUUAUUCAAGUCGUUCGCGUUUUAUUUUCCCGGCAUUGUUUUGUUGACCGCUAACUAUUCGAUAUGGAUUCGGCAAAAUUGAUUGACGAGAUACGGUCGUUAAACCAGAAAUUAGAUGUUAUGACUGAGAAACUAAACUCGUUGGAUCAAAAGAUAAGUAAUAUAGCUACAUUGCAACAAACUAGAGAUGAAACAAUGCGAAAAUCCGCCAAUUCCAUUACUGUUAUCAUCAGACUUUUGGCAGGCUUACGUAAGUUGGACAGCACAGCGUUGCGAACUAUCCUAGUUGAUUCGGAUGCUCUUUUACACACUAUUCAUCCUAUUUCCACUACAGACCAAAAUGUUGAUCAAAUUCCUAUAACUAUGGAUCGGGUGAAAAGCAUAUUAAAAGAGGCAAUGGAUGUAGUUAAUUCAUUCCCGAGUGCUCAACAACCUUCGACUUCAACCUCUAAUGAUAAUGAUACUGAAAUUAAGAAAUUGAAGAAAAUCGAAGAAGCAGAUAGAGUUCGAAUUCAUCGAAAAUAUAAAAAUAAGUACAAUUAUAUUGAUCAAAUAAAGCCUCCUUUAGAAGACUCAGUUCAGGAACCUGAAUCUCAAAAUAAUCCUUUAGAGAACAUACCAAUUACUAAUGUUACCUACUCUGUACAAAAUGAUUCAAAUGAUGAUACUCAAAACGAUCCAAAUUACACUGUUCAAAAUGAUUUAAAUGGACCAUUUACCGGACGAGACAUGGAGAACAAUAGAAAUGUUUAUGAGUUGUUAAAAAGUAGGCUGCAAAAUGCACCUUAUGAUCCCUCUGCAUUUAUCAUAAAUAAUGUCAAUGCUACUCACUUUACUGUAAAAUGGCCAAAUGGUGAAGAUUGUACGCACCCACUAAGAGCUGUUCAACCUCUGGUCUUAAUAAAAAAAUGUGAUGCUUUGUUUUCUCAAUUUUCUGACAAAUUAAAAAAAAACAAGUCGAACAAAAGCAAUAAUAAUAAAGCUACUACAAAAAUGAACAAAAGAGAAACAAGAGCUAAUACAACUAAGGAUAAAACAAAUAGUUCAAUUUCAUGUGUUGAAACUACUGAAAAGCGAAGUUUGGAGACCAAAAAUAGUGAACCAUCCAAGAAAAUAAAAAAAAAUUAAAAUCACUCAAUCUCUAUUAAAAUUUGUAUAGUAUUUAUCUAUUUUUGAAUUGUUAAAACUUAAAACCAAAUUAUUAUUCUUUAUGUAAUUAAAUAAACAAAAUAAGUAUAGUUAUUUUAUUUAAGUUAAAUAUUGUUUGACCUACAAAUCAAUGGAUUUCAUUAUUUACUCAUUUAAAUUAUUUUAAAUAUUUUUGUACAGUGUAUAAAAUCUUGAUUUAAUUCUUUUUAUUCAAUACGCUUAAUUUAUGUGAUAAAAAUAUAUCUAUAGAUUUAAUAUAAUUAUGCAAGGCCAUACCUGAUGGAGGGAAGGGGUUUAAAGAUUUACUCUCAACAUUUUUUCAGAUUAUCCAGAGAAAUUUAACAUGAGUAUAUAUUUACUUUUUAAAUAAUAUUUUCAUUUCUUUUAGAAUAUUUGGCCUGAGUAUGUCUUUAUAAUUUAUUAUUGUUUUAUUUAGUAAUAUGGUAGUAAGUUCCAACAUGUAAAAAUGUUCAGACAUGUUAUAACUAAUGAUGGGUAAUAAACUUUAGUUUUUAUCGGAAAUUAAAUGUAUAGUUUUUACAUAUAUUAUGUUUUGUAUGAAUAAAUGGAAACAUACAUUUUGAAUGAAUUUAACACAUUUUUAAGCAUUUUAGAUUUGUAAUGAUACAUAUAAAAAAUUAUAAUUUUUUUGUUUGAACAAAGUACAUUUUUAAUCUCUAUGUCAACUUUUAGCUUUAAUAUGUGUUUUUUAUUUAUACCCAUAUUGGCCAUAUUUAUAUGUUAAUUAUAUUUAAUAAUAAAAUACUGAAUGUUUAACUAAAAUGUAUGGUUCUGUAUGCUGAUUGUUAAUUUUAUUUAAGUACUCAUAAUUAUUAAUUAUGUGGAUUGCUGCUUAAUAAAUUAAGAAUAAAAAAAUGGCAGGUGUCCAACUAACAUUGGUGUUACAGAAAUCACCCUUGACAUCUUAUGGGUAAUAUAACCAACCAAGUUACUGUUAAAGCAUUGUCCUUGCUUAAGAUAAUAAUUUAUGCUUUUAUUUAGAAUUGAUAUUUCUAUAAAACCAUUGUACAGUUUUUUUUUUAUAAUGUACCUGAUAAGAACUUAUUUUUAAUUUUUAGUUGCCAUAAUGAAAUUAUUUCAAAUAUUGAAACUGUAUGGAUUAUAAAAAUAAAUGAGUCAAAUUAAAUGAUGAGAACA